UCUACAUAUCACACAGAAAGAUGUUCUUUAAAUGGUAGAUAAGAUCGUGAUAGUUAAUUGACCGAUUUCGUUAAAAGAUAUGGGACUAGUCUUUGUUAUUCCUUAACAUGAAUCAGAAACAUCGAGAGACGUUGGAUUCAUGUUACAUGGACAUUGUACCUCGAAUAAAUAUAAUCAAAUUAUUGCCAAAACUCCUAGAACACAAAAUUUUCAACAGAGAUGACGUGAAUGUACCUCGGUGGAAGAAAAAUCUUACAGAUGAAACAACUGUACGAGACAUAUAUUUCACUAUUAAAACACGAGGUCCAUUCGCGUUCGAUCGCUUCCUCGCCAGCUUAAGGGAAAGUGAUCAUGAAGAAUUAGCAGAUAUUUUGGAAGGCAGAAACAUUCUAUUCCCUAGCAAUGAUGUACAAAGAAGUAUUGAACAAAACAGUGUUACUCAUCGAGACAAUGGGGAGGAAACAAAUUUUAUUGCACCCAUAGGAGUGACCCAAGAUGACUUCUAUCACAAUAUGCAACAAUCGGAGACACCUUUAAAGAUUCAAGUACGAAAAGCUACAAAUUUUUUGGAUGGACCUGUGUAUGAAAAUGUUGAAAGAUACCCAAUGCGAAGGAAACCUCGCGGAUUGGUUCUAAUAAUUACAAAUAUCCACUAUAAAUACUAUGGCCAAGUACAUAGAAGUUCAGCUGCACAUGAUGAAUCCAAUCUGAAAGAACUCUUUGAACAAAUGGGUUUCCAAGUUAUUUCCUACUUUGAUCUUUGUUUGAAGGAAUUAUUGGAAAAAGUGAAAGAAUUUUCUCAAUCUAAACAAUUACGUAAGGUUGAUUCUUGCUUUGUUAUCAUCAGCAGUCAUGGUACUGUUAAUGUCCAAUAUGAAGUUACUGAAAUAGAAGGUGUGGAUUAUAGUCCUGAAAGUAAACUGCAGAGUUAUACAAGUGUUUUGUGCACGGAUAUUUUGGACUGUUUUAUAGCGGAAUCUUGUCCUCAUCUUGCAGGCAAACCAAAGAUUUUUAUUUUUCAAUUAUGUAGGGGAGAGAAGAUACAGAAAUCAAUUAAAGGACCUAGACAUACCACGGAUACGUCCAAUUUUCAUUCGUCCAAUGAAAUGAUCAAUCACAAAAUUAUUCGAAAGGAGACAAUUAGAAAUUACGAAGACAUGCUUGUUGCGCACGCCACUCUUCCCGGACAUGUUGCUUUCCGGGAUAAAAUAACUGGCAGUUGGUUUAUACAAAUUUUGUGCGAAGUAUUCAUGAAUUAUGCGUAUAAAACUCACCUCGAAGACUUACUAAAUAUGGUUGAUGUAAGGUUAAAAAUACAGAGAACGACUAAAGAGGAAUGUCAAACAUUGGUGGUAACAUCAAUAGGAUUCAAUAAACAUUGUUAUCUCAAUCCUGGUCUGUUCGAAGAAACAUGA